AGAUCACCCAGAGCAUGGGGGUCAUAGAUCUGCUGACAAAGGAUAUAAAAAAUCUAUACCAAGUAAAGGAAAGAAUAGAAACAUUCCAAAGGCAACUAACUAGGUUUGAAGAAGCAAACGCACUAUAUGUGAGUUUCCUGUCAUCUGAAGCAGAUCAAACUGAAGCGGAAUUAUAUCGAGCAAAUGUUGUGGAUCAAGCAUCAAGCUACCUGGGCACAAUCUAUGCUUGGAUUGUGGAGAUUGAAGACGAUGAACCCACAGUAGGUUAUUCGGAGUCUGGAGCCCUGGAGCUGGAUAAUUCCCCUUCACCACGACAUAGUAGGUCAACCACUGAAGCUAAAAAUGAGUCCUUGCAGCAGGAGAUUAUUGCGCUGCGCAAACAACAGGGCUUAGAAAUGGAAAAACACAACCUACUAAUGGAAAUUGAUCAGCAAGCGUAUGAGUUGGAAAGAACGAAAGGACGACUUGAGAUCGAGAGGCAGAGAGGACGGUUACGCCUGAUUAGCGAGAGGCAGGAAUUGCAGGCUAAACUGCAGCUUCAUAGCAAACCCUUGGAGGACAAUCCACAGUUUGAAGGCACAGGUCUCACCAUGCCAACGCGGCAAAACCCAAUGCAUAAACCGAGACAGCCCGAGAUUGAUGGGAAAUCGCUCUAUACUGAAAGCACACCACGCGCAGACCAUGAUAAGCCUCCUAGGUUAUCCUGGGAGUCAUCACAUAUUAACAUGGAGACGCAAGCCACCUCCGCCUUGGCAGAAGUACUACACCAGGUACUAAAUGAAUCAAGAUCCCAACAACAAUCGUUGGUUGACACCUUACAGCUGCCACGAAGCGAAUUACAGACCUUUGAUGGAAACCCGUUGGAUUAUUGGCCAUUCAUUAGAGCAUUCAAACACACUGUGGACAAUAAGUCGGCUGACCCUGGAACAAAAUUAACCUGUUUGAUGCAGUACUGCAGGGGGCGUGCUAAGAGUCUACUCCAAUGCUGCCUAGUUAAAGAACCCGCAGAUGGUUAUAGACUUGCAUUGCAUCUCCUGGAGGAGAGGUUUGGCAAUAACUUUGUCAUCGCCCAAGAAUGGAUAAAGAAAAUCAUAAGUCGACCUAAUGUGAAAGGCACUGUUGCUCUGAGAGAGUUUGCAGAUGACUUGAGAUGCUGUCAAGAGACCCUGGAGACAAUGGGUUAUGCAGCUGAGAUGGACAACUCCCACAGCAUGCUGGCAAUUGUAGAAAAGCUACCAUAUCAUCUGCAGACUCGAUGGCUUAGAGAGAACCACAACAUAAAGGUCAGAAAAAUCCGAAAUGCACAGUUGAGUGAUCUGGUGAAGUUUACUGGUUUGGCUGCUGAUGAAGCAUCCGACCCCGUGUUUGGAAAGGUAAUCUUCAAAGACAUCAAGCCGGAAAAUGGUAGGCUUAGCAAACCCAAGGGAGACAAGAGGCGAGCUGGCAGCUUUGCUAUACAGGCAUCACCAGCGCCCAAAUCCAACUUUGAACCUGGUAAAACAAGAAGUGUUGAACCUUGUUUGCACUGUGGACAAGCCCAUUACUUGACACAAUGUAUGACGUUUAAAUCGCUCAGGAUAAAGGACCGACGGGCCUUCAUUCUAUCCAAGGGUCUGUGUGUAAACUGUUUUAGACCCGGACACUACGGCAGAGAUUGCCCUCGACCAUUUACUUGUGCUGUGGAGGGCUGUGGUCAAAAACACAGUAAGUUCCUUCACAUUCCGGCGAGAAGACCUGACUCUGAUGAGGGAGGGACACCUGUUCGAACCUACAACCCAAACACAUCACAGAACUUGCCAUUAACACCAGCCAUUCCUGCUCAGAUGUCAGUGGCACCCCCCAGGAACCAAGUCAGCAACUUUGUCCGAGCCCAAGGAGGCAAGUUAGCCCUGCCUAUUGUACCUGCAAGAGUCCGGUGUCUGGACUCUAACCGCUAUGUAGACACCUAUGCCAUGCUGGAUCCUGGGACAAAUGCCACAUACUGUACAGAGGCUCUGUGCAAUAGUGUUGGGGCAAAGGGAGCUGUUCGUCACUUGGAACUCACAACCAUUGCACAGGCAAGAGUACAAAUGGACUCCACUGUCAUAACCUUAUUAGUCUCAGACCUGAAUGAGACUGAAUCACCAAGAUGUAUACCCGAGGUGACAGUUAGGCCGACGCUGAAUAUCGACCUUUCGAGCCUAAGCAGCCAAGUCGACCUUGAACGCUGGCCACAUCUUCGAAACCUGGAUAUACCUGAGCUUGAUGUAGACCAGGUACACCUACUGAUUGGGCAGGAUUGCUCAGAUCUUCUAAUGCCUGAAGAAGUGAAAAAGGGCAGAUCUGGGGAACCUUUCGCGAUUCGCACGCCAUUGGGGUGGGUGAUAAAUGGUCCUGUUGACCCAUUUGGUCCAACCAUCAGAUCAUCUCACUUUAUACAAGAGCGGACAUCACUGGAGAAAGACCUGGAUAGUCUUUGGGCCCUCGAGGAUGCGAACUCUGAAGAGCCCGGGAUGUCGAUCAGUGAUCGCAAGGCUUUGCAGAUUUGGGAUGAAUCCAAACUGGUAGUGGAUGGACAUUAUACCAUGGAUAUACCGUUCAAAGCCAAGGAGCCUAACUUGGCAGACAACCAAGCAAUGGCUGAACGUCGGCUUCAUUCGCUGGGAAAGCGCCUCGACAGAGACAAUGUCUUGAAAACUAAAUAUGUUUUUGAAAUGAACCAGCUGUUGAAAAGGGGUUAUGCCGAACCAGUCCCACAGGAAGAUAUGCACCGAGGUGAUGGCAAGGUCUGGUACUUGCCACACCAUCCUAUUCUGAACCCAAAGAAACCUGACAAGUGCCGAAUCGUCUUUGACUGUGCUGCGAGGCACAAUGGGACAUCACUAAAUGACAUAGUACAUCAAGGGCCUGACCUAGCCAAUAGACUAAUAGGAGUGUUGCUGCGCUUUAGACAAGGUCCUAUUGCUUUUAUGGCUGACAUAGAGGGAAUGUUCCACCAGGUCAAGGUGACACCAAAGGACCGAGAUGUCUUACGUUUCCUCUGGUGGGAAAAUGAUGACACUAAAGGGAGAAGCACUGCUCUUAGAAUGACCUCGCACUUGUUUGGAGGUGUAUGGAGUCCAAGCUGUGCAAAUUAUGCCCUCAGAAUGAUAGUGCAGGACCACAACGAGAUAUACCACGCGAUGACGCUCGACACCAUACUGAAGAAUUUCUAUGUGGACGAUUGUCUGAAGUCUGUGGAUGACUUGGAUGUUGCUAUAACACUUGCAAGGGAAGUCAAGGAUCUACUAGCCAAGAGAGGUUUCCACCUUACGAAGUGGAUUUCGAACUCAUCAGAGCUGAUGCAGACUAUAACUAAGGAGGAUUGGGGAAAGGCCUUGGUCACGCAAGAUGUCAGCUUCGAGAAAGCACCUACCGAAAGGGCACUUGGAAUGUUAUGGCAUAUUGAACCUGACUGCUUUGGAUUCAAUGUACAAAUUGAGAACAAGCCUGUGACUAAGAGAGGUGUGCUUAGCACUCUCAGCACCAUAUUUGAUCCAUUGGGAUAUGUCAGCCCCUUCGUGCUGAAGGCAAGGAUGUUGUUUCAACACUUAUGUCGACUGCAGAAAGGUUGGGAUGACCCAUUGCCUAGAGACCUGGAAGACCAGUGGGGCCGGUGGCUGGCCCAGCUACCAGCUGUAAUGGGUUUUAAAAUUCCCAGAUGUGUAAAACCAGCAGGAAAGACUGUAAGGACAGCCCAACUGCACCACUUUUCUGAUGCGUCAGAAUGUGCUUACGGAGCCGUCUCUUAUCUUCGUUUGGUCAGUGAAGAUGAUGAAAUUCAUGUCAACAUUGUAAUGGCCAAGGCACGUCUUGCGCCGUUGAAGGGCUCCACGAUACCUCGUCUUGAACUCGCCGGUGCCAUGGAAGCCAUGAAAUUAGACAAGCUCGUUCAUCAGGAGCUAGAGUUUGCACUUGAAGAGUCCGUCUUUUGGACAGACAGCACCAUUGUUCUUUGGUACCUGCAAAAUGAAGGGAAGCGAUUCCAGACAUAUGUUGCCAAUAGGGUGGCAAAGAUACUGGAUCACACCAAACCUAUACAAUGGAGACACGUUCCCACAGCUCAAAAUCCCGGAGAUGAUGCCUCCCGUGGAAUGACUGCACAAGACCUGGUUGAAAAUAAACGCUGGACAAAAGGACCAGAUUUCCUGCAGAUGGAUGAGACACACUGGCCGAACCAGCCAGCAUUCAAAUGUGCUGAGCUAGCGCAGGCUGCUGAAUUGAAGAAGACCCCUAUGGUAAAUUCUGCCAAGAUUGCGCCAGACUCGACCAACACCCUCUUGAAGUACUACUCCUCCUGGUUCAAGUUGAAGAAAGCGGUAUCUUGGGUACUUCGGCUUAAACAAAUACUACAAGGGAAACCACCAGCUACCGGACGAAUUAAGCCUGAAGAGUUGCAAGGCUCGGAAUUAGCCAUAAUCAAAUAUGUACAAAGCACUCUACUGGAUGCGGACUCGAAAUCUCAGAUGAGUAAGUUGAGGCCCGUAAAGUCUGCCACAGGAUUACUACGGGUAGGGGGCAGGCUUACCCGGUCAGAACUAUGUCAUGUCUCGAAGCACCAACUGAUCUUGCCUUAUACACACCAAAUAUCACGACUAAUCAUCGAGGAUUGCCACAUCCGCACCGGUCAUGCUGGUGUGGAACGUGUGCUAGCGGAAACUCGUCGUCGGUAUUGGAUACUAAAAGGGAGAAAGCUUGUCAAGAGUGUUCUUUCCCACUGCAUUGCAUGUAAGAAGUCCCGAGGUAAAACAGAGGUACAGCUCAUGGCAGACCUCCCUAAGGCGAGAGUAACACCCCACGAACCACCAUUCACAUGGGUAGGAGUAGAUUACUUUGGCCCAUUCAGUGUCAAGAGAGGGAGGUCGGAAGUAAAACGAUACGGUUGCAUAUUUACCUGUUUGUCAAUCAGAGCUGUGCACAUUGAGGUCGCUCACUCACUAGACACAGACAGUUUCAUCAAUGCACUAGAAAGAUUCAUAGCAAGAAGAGGUGAGCCAAAGGAAAUUCGUUCGGACAAUGGAACCAACUUUGUUGGCGCACAAGCAGAACUCCGUAGGGCCAUACAGCAAUGGAACCAAGAUCAGAUACAUGAGUAUCUUCUGAAGCAUGAAAUUAGCUGGAUCUACAAUCCCCCUGGAGCCUCCCAUAUGGGAGGAGUCUGGGAAAGGCUCAUUCGCACUGUACGCUCCGUGUUGACAGGAGUCAUGAAACAACAAAUUCUUGAUGAUGAAGGUCUUGUAACCUUACUGACUGUAGUGGAAGGCAUCGUAAACAACAGACCCAUCACUAAGCUAUCAGAUGAUCCUAGAGAUGACAAACCCCUCACGCCAAGUCACCUGUUGAUGCUUCGCUCAGGACCUUCUUUACCUCCUGGACAGUUUGAAAGUAAAGAUCUAUAUCGUCGGCGCUGGAGACAGGUGCAGUACCUGGCAAAUGUAUUUUGGAGGCGCUGGAUUCAGGAGUAUUUACCUGCCUUGCAAGAGUAUUUACCUGCCUUGCAAGUGCGCCAAAAAUGGCUGAAACCAAAAUGCAACUUAAAGAAAGGUGAUUUGGUGAUUGUGAGCCAGGACAACACUCCUCGCAACCAGUGGCCAUUGGGCCUGAUCAUCGAUGCUCACCUUGGAGCUGACGGACUAGUGCGCGCAGUUGAAGUGAGGACUGCCUCUGGCACCUAUGAAAGGCCAAUAUCCAAGAUUUGUUUGUUGGAAGGCUCUGCUACAGAGCAGCAGUGA